GCAGUUUUUUUUUUACCUUGGAGUAUCGAUGACAUCAACCACCUCUUAUUCUCCCAUCGAGCGUGCAGCCGACGAAAGCUUGUGAACAAAAAAAAAAUGGGGGCGCGGAGAUAACGGUGUCGGAAAGAGGUUUUUUUUUACCUGCGAGUCACUGUCUCCAUCUCGGUGUCCUGGAUACGCGGAAUUUUACGGUUCAAACCCGCUCGCGCUGAUGGACAUAAAGCGCGAGCGCAAAUGAAUUUGUCCCGACGCUGCAAACGCAGAGACAACAAAGGCAUUCACGUCCAAACUGCUGAAGAUUACCAAAAUCAGGACAUGAAGCCAAAACGGAUUUAAAAAGAAAUUGUGUGCGCCUGGACGAUCGUGUGUGCUUCCUCGUCAUGGCUCGCAUCUCACUGGAAGUGCGUCCCUCUGCCCUUCUGCUCCUGCUGACCCUCCUGCUCUCCUCUUUGUCCCGCACCUGCCUUUCCUUAGCUUCCCCCAAGUUCACAAAGAUCCCGACAGAUCAGAUAGGAGUGUCGGGCGGUGUGGUGUCCUUCGUGUGUCAAGCCACAGGUGACCCCAAGCCACAGGUCAUCUGGAACAAAAAGGGCAAAAAGGUCAACUCUCAGAGAAUAGAGGCCAAGACCAUAGAGUUUGAUGAAGGAGCAGGGGCGGUGCUUCGUAUCCAGCCACUGCGAGCUCCGCGAGAUGAGAACGUUUACGAGUGCGUGGCCCGGAACACUGAGGGCGAAAUCGCAGUCACCUCCAAGCUGUCCAUUAUCCGAGAGGAUCUGUUGCCGUUCGGCUUCCCCAGUAUAGACAUGGGCCCCCAGCUGAAGGUGGUGGAGAGAACGCGCACUGCAACCAUGCUCUGCGCUGCCAGCGGCAUCCCCGAUCCAGAGAUCUCCUGGUUCAAAGACUUCCUUCCUGUGGAGCCGGCGCUCAGCCAGGGUCGCAUUAAACAACUACGAUCAGGUGCCUUGCAGAUCGAGCGGAGCGAGGAGACAGACCAGGGGAAAUACGAGUGUGUAGCAUCAAACUCGCAAGGAGUGCGCUACUCCGCCCCAGCCAAUCUCUACGUGAGAGAGCUGCGAGAAGUUCGUCGCGUUCCUCCUCGCUUCACCAUCCUGCCCUCGAGUCACGAGAUCAUGCCUGGAGGAAGUGUAAAUAUCACAUGUGUAGCUGUGGGCUCCCCCAUGCCCUACGUGAAAUGGAUGCUGAACUCUGAAGACUUGACACCCGAAGAAGAGAUGCCGGUCGGACGGAACGUUCUAGAGCUGAACGGCGUCCGCGAGUCAGCCAACUACACCUGCGUGGCCAUGAGCAGCUUGGGGAUUAUAGAAGCUGUUUCUCAGGUCAUCGUUAAAUCAUUGCCCAGAGCUCCUGGCACACCUAUCGUGACAGAGACGACGGCCACAAGCAUCACCAUCACCUGGGACUCUGGCAACCCAGACCCUGUGUCCUAUUAUAUCAUCCAAUACCGGGCAAAAUCGCCCGACAGCAAGUUUGAGACAGUGGACGGCAUCACGACGACGCGCUACAGUAUCGGUGGCCUCUACCCCAACACCGAGUACGAGAUCCGCGUCUCUGCCUUCAACACCAUCGGCCAAGGCCCACCCAGCAACAAGGUGGAUGCUAGGACCGGUGAACAAGCACCAGCCAGCCCGCCUCGGAACGUCCAAGCCCAAAUCAUCUCUCCCAGUGCUGUAACUGUCAGGUGGGAGGAGCCUGAAGAACCCAACGGCCAGAUAAAGGGCUAUCGGGUAUACUACACCACGGACCAGUCACAACCCAUGAGCAACUGGAAGAUCCAUAAUGUUCAGGAUAGUGUGAUCACCACCAUCCAGAGCCUGGCUCCAUCCGAGACAUAUACCAUCCGUGUGCUGGCUUUUACCUCUGUUGGAGAUGGUCCCUUCUCUGACUCGGUGCAUGUUAAAGUCCUGCCUGGGGUCCCAGGCCAGCCGGGGAAGUUCCGGGUGGGCAAAAUAAGAGAUACGAGCAUCGAGUUGAUGUGGGAUCCACCGUUUUCUAAAGAGCCCAUCAAGAGCUAUGAGCUCAUUUACAGAGCUGCCAAGCACAGCACACAGGAGAAGAAGGUUUUCGAGCCCAGGUCGUCGUAUGUCGUAGAGGGUCUGCGAGCAAACACGGAGUACACUUUCUCUCUGGCGGCCAUUUCGAGCAAAGGCAUCGGAGCCUUCACCAAUGAGAUCUUCCAGCGCACUGCACAAGCCAGGGGCACACUGGGUACUGCAAGGGAGGGGCCAUGGGAACCUUCCUACCCUCUGUUUUCUGCACUUCUUUUGGAUGCUGCUGGAUUACGGAAAAGCAAGAAAUAUCCAGGAACCCAUGCUGUUAAGAUGCAGGAAUCCAGCGAUGCCAUUCCCAAGCUGAUCGGUAGACGAUACGUGCCCAGGAACUUCUCGGUGAAUCUGGCAACCAAGACGAGCGUAUUGCUGACGUGGGAGUUUCCGGAGAGCAGCUCCCCAUACCGCUUUACUGUGGAGUAUAACCGUCAGAAGAUGGAGGUGGAUGCGCGAUUAAGGAAGGCCGUGAUCCCCAACCUGAUGCCUGACACCAGCUAUGAUUUUAAAAUUACCAGUCCUGAGGGCAACCUGGGUGGCCUGAGACACCGCAUCCAUGCUAAAACCUCACCUCCCAUGGUCAUCAACCGGCCAGAGAUCGACCACAACCGUGAAACUGAGACCACCAUCACCAUCAUACUGCCCUCACUGGACACUAGGAACAAUGUUAGGAAUAUCUAUGUGGUGGUGGUUCCACUGAAAAGAGGCCGAGGAGGAAACAGGCAUCUAAAGAGCCCAGAUGAAAUGGACUUGGAAGAGCUGUUGAAGGACAUUAGCCAGAAGCAGCACGAUCCACGGCAGAGGCAAGUGGACCUUCGACGUGCCUACAUCACCGCUCGAUUCACUCCCUCCACCCUACCUGCGUUCUUCACGCUCGGGGACCAGCUGGACUACGGUGGCUUUGAUAACCGCGCACUGGAGUCUGGCCAGGAGUACGUUUUCUUUAUCCUCGCUGAACUCAACUCAACCACUGGGAAGAUGUUCGUUGCCAGCCCCUACACGGACCCGGUAAUUGCACCUGACUCAGACCCCCAGCCUCUGGAUGCUGGAGAUGGACUCAUAUGGGUGGUGGGACCCGUUCUUGCUGUGGUCUUCAUCAUCUGCAUCGUCAUCGCUAUCCUGCUGUACAAGAACAAACCAGACAGCAAGCGCAAAGACUCUGAGCCUGGCACCAAGUGUUUACUAAACAACGCUGAAAUGAUGGCUCACCACCCCACCGACCCCGUCGAGAUGAGACGCAUCAACUUCCAGACACCAGGUAUGAUGAGUCACCCCCCCAUCCCGAUCGCCGAGCUGGCAGAACAAACCGAGCUCCUGAAGGCCAACGAUAACCUCCGGCUCUCCCAGGAGUACGAGUCCAUUGAUCCCGGGCAGCAGUUCACGUGGGAGCAUUCGAACCUGGAAGUGAACAAACCGAAGAACCGCUACGCUAACGUCAUUGCCUACGAUCACACCAGAGUCAUCCUUGCACCAGUGAAUGGCAUUAUAGGUAGCGAUUACAUCAAUGCAAACUACAUUGAUGGCUACAGGAAGCAGAACGCGUACAUCGCCACGCAAGGCCCACUGCCCGAGACGUUUGGAGACUUCUGGAGGAUGGUGUGGGAGCAGAGGGCUGCAUCGAUAGUUAUGAUGACUAAACUAGAGGAGAAAUCACGGAUAAAGUGUGAUCAGUACUGGCCCAGCAGAGGCACAGAAACGUACGGCUUGGUGCAGGUCACUCUGCUGGACACAAUGGAGCUCGCCACCUUCUGCGUGCGGACCCUCUCACUGCACAAGAGUGGCUGUAAUGAGAGGAGAGAGGUGAGACAGUUCCAGUUCACAGCAUGGCCUGAUCAUGGUGUACCUGAGUAUCCCACUCCAUUCUUGGCUUUCCUGCGUAGAGUUAAAGCCUGUAAUCCUCCAGAUGCAGGACCUAUCAUUGUUCACUGCAGUGCGGGCGUGGGACGAACGGGCUGCUUUAUUGUGAUCGAUGCCAUGCUGGAGCGUAUCCGUCCCGAGCGUACUGUUGACAUCUAUGGUCACGUGACGCUGAUGCGCUCUCAGAGGAAUUACAUGGUGCAGACGGAGGAUCAGUACAGCUUCAUCCAUGAGGCUCUGCUCGAGGCUGUCACCUGUGGCAACACCGAGGUGGCAGCACGCAGCCUCUUCUCCUACAUGCAGAAACUGGAACAGGUGGAGAGCGGAGAACACGUCACAGGCAGGGCACUGGAAUUUAAGCGCCUGGCGAACACUAAAGCUCACACCUCCAGGUUUGUGACGGCCAACUUGCCCUGUAACAAGUUCAAAAACAGGCUGGUGAACAUCAUGCCAUAUGAGACCACACGUGUGUGCCUGCAGCCAAUCAGAGGCCUCGACGGUUCUGACUAUAUCAAUGCCAGCUUUAUUGAUGGAUACAGGCAGCAGAAGGCAUACAUCGCCACACAAGGUCCUUUAGCGGAGACCACAGAGGAUUUCUGGAGGAUGCUGUGGGAGCACAACUCCACCAUCGUGGUCAUGCUUACCAAACUGAGAGAAAUGGGGCGGGAAAAAUGUCACCAGUACUGGCCUGCAGAACGCUCUGCCCGCUACCAGUACUUUGUGGUAGACCCCAUGGCUGAGUACAACAUGCCGCAGUAUAUCCUGAGAGAAUUCAAAGUUACAGACGCAAGAGACGGACAGUCACGGACAGUCAGGCAGUUCCAGUUCACUGACUGGCCCGAACAGGGAGUGCCAAAAUCAGGAGAGGGUUUCAUCGAUUUCAUUGGGCAAGUGCAUAAAACCAAGGAGCAGUUCGGGCAGGACGGGCCAAUCACUGUCCACUGCAGUGCGGGUGUUGGUAGGACAGGUGUAUUCAUCACUCUCAGUAUCGUGCUGGAAAGGAUGCGUUACGAGGGUGCUGUGGACAUCUUCCAAACUGUCAAAAUGCUGCGCACACAACGACCAGCCAUGGUGCAGACAGAGGAUGAAUACCAGUUCUGUUACCAAGCUGCCCUCGAGUACCUGGGAAGCUUCGAUCACUAUGCAACAUAAAAGGAGGAAGAACACACUCAUCAAAUCAACUCACCUACACCUGUCUCAAUGUUUUACAACGCUACAGAAAUUUUCUUGUUCCAUGAUGCCAUCACGAAAGGGGAGCAUUUUGAAGUACGAUAACAUCUAAGACUAUUUUGGAGGAGGAAAAAAAAAAAAAAUGACAAAAUGUUUUCUCUCAAGAGCUUCCCAGGGAAGUUCUGUAUCACAGCAAGCUUAUUACCUCAGUGUUCAGUUAUUGAUAUUAAUGUCGUGGUCGCCUUUUUAGAAAUAUUACAACGUGGGUAAAAAUAAAUGAAACCUCUUUCAAAACAAAAAAAAAAAAUACGAUAUGUUAUAAAAAACUAACAAACAAAAAAAAAACUAUGAAAUCAAACGCCUGGAAAAUUGCUGCACUCUUUACUGGGAGUUUAACCCGAACUGUAUUUGCCAAUGAAAAGAUCAGAGAUGAACUCCAGGUCAGCUCCUGUAUGAUGAAGGUUUUCAGUGCUGUUAAAGAAGCAGAACUCGUACCUUCUGUGCCUCAAGGAGCAACAACAGCAGAGGGUCAAAGGUUAUGGAUUCUUUUGGUUUCGGAGGCGAGCGGCUGUAUCACGGACUCUUCUUACACUACAUUAGUAAUGUGAUAUAAUCAGCUUCAGUGUCUCUUUUACUCCUGGUCAUUUGGAGCGCUAUUGUGAUUGAACCUUGCCUUUGAAGAGCUGUCAGAUACGUCUAUAGAUUUUGUCGGUUUUCGACAGAGCGCCUGUGAAUACUGUUAUUCUGAUGUGUGUCAGUCUUUCUCUUCCUUUCUCUUUCUCUCUGUCACUUUCUCUCUACACAAAUAUGCUGCUUUAUACCCUGUGUGUGAGACAAAAAUAGUCAGUCAUCUCCUGAAAUUGUGGAGAUCCACGAUUGGAGAUCAAGACGCUGGCUUUCUUUGGGCCCUAUAUAAAGACCAUGUGGAUAAAAACACACCUUUAUUCUGUUCCGGGAGAUUGUAGGAUUGUAAUUAGGACACAUCUAGGCAGAAAAUCUAAUGCCAAAGUAUUUUUAAUUCUGAUUCAAAUGGUCCUGCCAACUCUAAAAGUCUCAAGAUUCCGCUUGCAAGUCAAUUUCAAAGCAUUCUAGCAUUCCUUUAUAGUUUUUCACGAAAAAAAGAAAACGAAACGCUUUGUAAAUUUGAAUUAAAACCAUUGCCAAAAGCAAAAACUGACCGUGGGAGCCAGUACCAGUCAGUCAUUCCAGUUAUCCUCUGACUUAAUCGAACCGAGCUAGAAGAAAUUGUUAUGUUUUUGCUUAGUGAAGGAGUCGUGUGUAGGAAUAGCACAAAUGAGUUUCAUAAGAAUAGUUAUUGAGGAUUUAGCACAAGCCGUCUGAAACGGAGGAAAACGGACGACGGAUCCUGUAGGCCUGAUACUCUUCUCGUGAAGAGACUAAAAGUGAGCCUUACUGUCGUUGUCAAAUAUUUAACCAACAUGAUUUUUUUUUAUUUCGUUUUGCUGAUAUUAUGCUUGUAUUUUUAAUAAUAUUUAUAUCAUUUUUUUUGAGUACUUGCUGGAAUAUAAUCGACGAGAUAUUGUGUAGUUGGCGAGCUAAUGUGACUGUACAUGGUCCCUCUGUACGUUAUUUUGAUAUUUCCUGUACAAUUCUCUCUUAGAGUGUCCUGUAGGAACAGAACAGCACAAGGCCUGGAACGAGCUUGUUCCUAAAAAAAAUAAAAAAAGAAAAAAGAAAGAAAGAAAGAAAAAAAAAUCUGAAUGAUGCCGCAGAAGAGACAAACGACUCUUUUUAAUAUUGUAAAAAUGACCAUGUACCCUGUUCCUCGUCAGACAGAUCAGCUUUCUGAAGUAUCAGUACUAUAAAUACAGUUCUCAGUUCUCCAGCUGAUAGGAAUAAUUACCCUAAAACAAAUGACCACUAUUUAAAAGUAUCGGGGGGGGGGAUUAAGGGACAUUAAAACCACUGCGACUUAAAUCUUAUUAUUUAUAACACACACUGAUGGAGUACUGAUAUUAUUUUAACUUAUAUUUAUUACCCUUUAUUGUCCAAUCUACUUAUUUAUACAAUAUUAUGGCUGAUGUUUGCUGAUAUAUAUAUACAUAUAUACUGUGUGUAUAUAUAUAUGGAAACGAUUACGGUCAAAUUGCACAAUAUACAAAAUGAUGAUGAAAAUAGCUCUGUAUCAGUCGAGCAGAUGCACUUUGCAGUUGAAAACGGGCUGAAGUGAAAGACGAGAUUAACUUUUCUCUUCAUCUUUCAAGUUAAAGCACAUCCGAAAGACUUACAACUGAAAAUGAGCUUUACAAGUAUACAGAAAUCUAUAUAUCUAUAGCCAGCUUUUGUAAGAUCUUACAAAUGUUACAGCACAAUACAUACAGUAGCGAUUCUUUCUCUUUUUGUUGUAACAUCAAAUUCAAGUAUAUAAAACCUUUUGAAGUGAUUAGAGAGAAAUAAAAUAAAAUGAUGUUAGAUCGAUGUAAAAAAAAAAAAACAUUUUAAUUGAUAGCGAAUAUUCACUACCCGGAUAACUUCAUUGUUUUUUUUACAGAAAGUACUGUAUUGAGCCCUCUGAUAUAUUUCUCUAUGAAUUUUUUGAACUCAGAAAUGGCUUCCUUCUGUCCAUUUUUUCUACCGAGGCAAGAUCUGUGAAGAGCUGAUGAUAUUGUUGAGAUGUACACAGGCUCUACCAUUUUAGACAGUGAGCAGUGUAUCUCAUUCAGUGUUGUAGCUGGGCUCUUACACACCUCCUCUUAGACAGCUGCCCUUCUUGCCCAUCUUCUCAGUUUGAAAGGAUGGCCUGAUCUGUGUGGUGUCAGGGUUGUGCCAUAUUUUUUCUAAAAAAAAAAUUUUCCAUUAUAAUGGAUUUCACAGCACUCCUAGGAGGUUGUAAUGUUUGUCGAUCUUUUUCUAGUCUUACGUAGUUUUUUCUUCUAUAUCUUGAACCUUCAUAUGCAGUCCAUUGGUCCUCAUAAGAGCAGGACUGAUCUGAUCUGACAUUUUAUUUAUGAGACCUCGCAAAGUUAGAGAUGUUUAUUGUGUAAGCAUACAGCCAGGUGGAUAUGAAAUGGUUUUCAAUUUGAUCUUAUUUGACAUCUUACGUGUGAGUGCUCAAGAAAAUGAAAUACAAGGUCUAAUUUUGACUGUUAAAAGAGGGCAGAAUGGGACUUAAAUAAUUAAUUGAUUAAGCAGCUUUUUUUUUUUUAAUAAUUCUGAGAGCAUCCAAAAAAAUGUAUUUCAUUUUAUGAGUCACAUAUUGUCUCACAAAUGCAUAUUCUUUAAUUUGAUAUACAGCAAAAAGAGAACUUAUCACUAUGGAGUGAGUGCUUACUGGAGACACUGUAAAAGAGAGAAUGUAAAGCAGGAUAACUCACAGAAUUUGGACAAAAUUCUACCCAAAAAUUGUAAUACUUUGCAAGAUAUUCAGGCCACGUGCUAGCAGGUGUUCAUACGUUCAACCUCUUUCUUCUCUCUGCUGAUUUAUUUGAAAUCAUAUAUGUAGAUAUGUUGACUUUGUAAUAAAAUCGGAAAGACUGGAUACA